AUGGCUAUGAAGGAAAUCUUUGCGAUAGUUUUGGGACUUUGGCUAGUAUUCCGAUGCGCUCAAGCAGCACCGAGCUAUACAAGAGAUGUGGAAGAUUUUGAAAGUACGAUGACCUUUGACCUGGCGAAACGUGUACUGCACGGAGAGAGAGCUUUGCGAAACCUUUUGAAGGAAAUUGAAGACGUAAAACGAGCCAGCCCUUGUAAAGCGAAUGAAUAUUAUGAUGGCAUGACCUGCAAAUUAAGAUCGAAACGUGUGCUGCAUGGAGAGAGAGCUUUGCGAAACCUUUUGAAGGAAAUUGAAGACGUAAAACGAAGCUCCGUUUGUAGUCAGAAUGAAGUGUAUAAGAACAUGCGCUGCCAACCAAUUGGACGAAAAUGA